CCAAGCGCUUCUCCCAGGAUAUUUUAAAGCUGCCUGUGCGCUCCAGGGAAGGCGGCACGGCUGCACCCAAAGCCCCCAGAGAUGCCCUCGCUGUCAGGCACCGAUGGGUUAAAGAUCUGGGGGUUCCCCUGAGCCACCCCGCUUUUUUGGCUGCCCGGCUCCCCAGCCGCUGCCCGCGUCCCACUUUCCCGCAACCUCGCCUGCCUCCUCCUCCUCCUUAUAUAUUCAUGAAGCAGCGCGGCUGGGGUGAAAUAAAAGCUGGGCGAGCCGGGGCGGCCGCACAGGAAGAGGAACUCGGUGUGCCUGGCUCGGCACGGCCGGCAGGGACCCUGCUCUGUAUCCCAAUCCCGCUGUUUCUCCGCGCCGGGACAGCGCUGGCUCGCAGCCGGCAGAGCCGCUCGCCCGGCAGCGGCCGCGGAGCUCUGGGCGCCGGGAGAGGAGAGCGAACAGUGCAGCUCUAAGAUGAAACCUCCAUCUGGACAAGGUGUAAGGCUGGCAUGCUUUCUCCUGAGCCUGGCAGCCCCCUGCCUUCCCAGCCCUCUCUGGAAGGACCGGGACUCCCUGAUGCAGGAGGAGAAAGCCCAUCAGACAGGUGGCAACUUGGUGCUGAGUAGGCAGGAGCAGCAGCUCAGCACAAAGCUCGUAAACCUCAAGAAGAAGGAAGUGGAAGCAGCCAUAACUGCAGGACAGUUUCCUCCAAGCAUGCACUUCUUCCGGGCAAAAAGCCUCAUUGAUCAGAGCACGGUGUUCAGCAUCUUAAAGCGCAUGCCUAAAGGUGCUGUGCUCCACCUGCACGACCUCGCCCUGCUGAGCGUGGGCUGGCUGGUGUUCAAUGCCUCCUACCUGCCCGACUGCUACAUCUGCUUCACCCCCACGGGCUCCGUGCGCUUCCGCUUCUCCCGGCCGCGCCCGCCGCCAGCCCCGUGCUCCCCGUGGCUCCUGCUGGACACCUACCGGGGACAGCUGAGGGACGUGGCCGAGUUUGACAGAGGCUUGCUGAGAAACCUGACCCUGGUGACAGAUGCCCCUGAGCUGGCCUACCCUUCUCAGACUUUCAUUUGGAAAAGAUUUGAAGAAAUCUUUCUCAUUGCCUCUGGACUUAUCUGCUAUGCACCUGUGUUCAAGGCCUAUUUCUACCAGGGGCUGCUGGAGCUCUAUGAAGAUAACAUACAGUAUGUUGAGAUAAGAGCUAUCCUGCCUGCGGUGUAUGAACUGGAUGGCACCAAGCACGAUAAAUCAUGGUCUGUGGCAGCCUACCGGGAAGUGACCAGGCAGUUUGUGAAGGAGCACCCAGACUUUGUUGGAGCCAAGGUUAUAUUUGCAGCGCACAGGAUGCUGAAUGUCUCCCAGAUUAAAGAAGCCAUCAUCACUGCCAUGGCACUCAGAUCCCGCUUCCCAGACACGCUGGCAGGCUUCGACCUGGUUGGUGAUGAGGACAAAGGUCAUUCUUUAUGGGACCUGAAGGAUGCCCUGACCAUCCCAUAUUCCAUGGGGGUCAACUUGCCAUACUUUUUCCAUGCUGGGGAGACUGGUGAGCACGAGGACUCAAGGCUUGUUACUGCUUGCAGAGAUUGGCAGGGCACCUCUGUAGACAAUAAUGUGCUGGAUGCAUUGCUACUGAAUACCAGCAGGAUUGGCCAUGGACUUGCUCUCAUCAAACACCCAGUAGCCAAAAAUUUGUCUCUGAAGAGGGAUAUUCCUGUAGAAGUCUGUCCCAUCUCCAACCAGGUCCUGAUGCUGGUGGCUGACUUGAGGAGUCACCCUGCAGCUGACCUCAUGGCUGAAGGGCACCCCAUUGUGAUCAGCCCCGAUGAUCCCCCCAUCUUUGGGGCAAAGGGAGUCUCUUAUGACUUCUAUGAGGUGUUCAUGGCCAUUGGAGGGAUGAAUGCUGACCUGAGGACCCUAAAGCAGCUUGCACUCAACUCCAUAAAAUACAGUGCCAUGCUACCCGAUGAGAAAGCCAAGGCCAAAGAGCUCUGGCAGAAAAAAUGGGACCAAUUUGUGGCUGACCUCUCUGAUAGCUUUCUAAGGGAGCUGUAGAGAGGACAAGGCUCAUCUCAGAAGGCAUUUGGCAAGCUAGAGUGAGCCAGACUGAUUGCUAAGAGGGAGAAUGCUUCUUCCAUGUGACCUGAGCAGAUGAAUGGACGUCAAAGUCUCACCUGGCAGCAGGCGACUCUGCUAAGCCAGGCUUAGUGGGCUUAAAGCUAAGAAGGAGCUGCACUAUCCUGUGAAACUCAUGGGCUGGAGGUAAAAGGGCAGCAGUGAGCCUUUAGAGCAACCACAAGAAAUCACCCUGCUCUCAAAGGAGUCAAAACAAUUAAAAAUUGCCAAUGACCAAAUCCCGACAUCCUAAUUCAGGAAAAACAUGCUUUCCAGUUAGAGUCAGCAGGAGAUUGCCAACACGAGGAUCUCUGAAUUUUGCCUUAUCAUUACAAAAUGCAGACCUUGUCCGGAAACAGCUAAGACAAACAUCCAACCAUUUGGGCCACUGACCUUCAAGAGAGCAAGGACUGAAAAUGACUCUUGUUAUGUUUAACCCUGGGCCUGCUGCCAAAAUAGCACUGCUAGGUCGAAGAACCAGUCAUAGGUCUGAUGUCUGCUAUUUCAGGACCUACCAUGGCUGGAAACAAGCUGGUGGAACUUGCUCCCAGAACAUUUAAGCCUGGUUGCACAGUGAUCAUAAAGCCAGAAGAGAGGUGCCUCAGUUGCCAGCAGUUUUUUUUUACUACAAAGUCUUUUCCUCUCCUCUGGUCUAAAGGAAGACAAAACAUAUUUCAGGUUAAGUCCAAAACAUCCUGGCUUCCCAGACCCAGUUUAACUAAAACUAUCCCCCUGCACAAGGCUGUGUUAACACAGACAUUUAUAGAAACACCUUUUGGUGUCAGGGAGUUCCACUACCAGCCUUUGUUGCUGUACUCAUCGUGCAAAUGUGGCCUUAUUCAGCCUGUCAGACAGAUUUUCACCUUGGUAGAGAACUGCUGUGGAUAUCUACAGGGCUCGUUUGGACCUCUAUG